AUGACCACGCCACGACUCGUACCCACGUUUGAGAUGCCUCUGAUGAGUGACGUGGAGGCCAGACUGCUGGAAGCUCUUGAUCGAGGGAACUCCCUCUAUACGAUAUCUCUCAUGUUCCCAGACAUUGCCAAAGAUAUCUGGCAGUUUACUCCCUCGCAGAACAGCACGAUCAACUUGCGAACUCUACAGGGUCAGCAGGCUGAAAUUGCUGAGAGGAUGCUCGUCAAGAAGGCCUAUGCCUUUGAUGAUGCAUUUGGGACAUCGGCCACCGACAAGAUACGUCUGAUUAGCAACUCUGCCGACUUGUUUGUGGCUAAUAACUUGGUGAAGGCGCUCCAUCGCAGACAGCGUGCGGCUACGGACCCUUGUCAAUCCAGUGUGCAUCAGAUCCAAGGCAUGCAGUAUGUCGAAUCCUCCGGUGACCUUGGUACCCGGGUGCCCGGUUACGCGACCAAUACGGCCCUUGGAGGCAAGCGCACGCUGGACCCGACCUCGAUCAACACGCCGUUGAUACUUCUUCAUUCGGCCAUCAACGCUUCUGGGCUGGUGCCCAAGACGGUGUCGAGAGUGAUACUCAAGACCUGGGAACCCGCACUGCUGCCCAUGACAGAAAGGCUCGUCAUCUCAUUGGCGCGAUCCAACUAUUUACAGGAUGGCUUGAACGUGGCCGAAGGCGGCGGGCAAAGGGGGAAAGACGGGGCCUCAACCUUGCGUCAAAUGGAAUUUAAAGUGUUGUGUGUGCGGCCCUAUCUCAAUAUAAACAUUCAGCUUUACCUCGCCGACCUUGAGCAUAGACGCGAGUUUCUCGACAACUUCGAGGCGAUUGACAGCGCGAGGGGGGAUAUUUCGAAGCUGUCUCGUGAAUACAACGAGCACAAGCUUACGCUGGACAGACUGCUGAGCCGGUGGGAGACCGAGCUGAAGAAGGUCAUGAAGAGCAAGACGGACAGUCUGCGGUUGCAGCACACUGCGGUCACUGCCGAGGAGCUUCAAUGGCAGAGGCUCGACGAUAUCACAAUGAGGGUGUGUCGACACCUGGGGAUACAAGACGAAGAAGUCGAAGAAGUCGAGGGUGAAGACGAAAGGGUCAUAGUCGUGGACUAG